GGGUAUCCACACACCAUUCCGGCAUCAUUGUCCAGAAGAGUUUGAAAAUUGAAGGUUUAAACUCCAGGCCCUUCGUGUCAUGCGCCGAUGGCUUUCAUGUCGUCAAGUCUAAUAGUCAGCCGUUGAGGAUCUUUUUGUCUGGUAUUGUCUUCAGGCAAACGCCGCUAACCUUCCAAGACGGGGAUAAUCUAACGAUUUCAAAUUGUUCUUUCAAAGAACAAAGCUUCACUGCGAUAAGCGUUUAUGCAAUAAGUAAUUGUGUUAUUCGUAUAAACAUAGAUGGCUUUUCAUAUUUCGAGAACAACACUUCUUGUUUGGAUGUCAUUUGGCGAAACCCUGAUCUGGUGGAUGAUCAAACUAUAUUCGUAAAUAUGAAACAUGUUAUGUUUUCGGGAAACGGACUCCAAAAACAACUUGCGGGGGGUUUAGUUACCAUCCGAUCAGAACUCAAGCAUCCACCUCAUUUGCACGUCCAACUCUCUUGUAUGCACGUCACAGCGACAAACAACUAUGGGUAUUUCGUAAAUCUUAACCUCUCAGAAGCUAUGACGAGUGAAAUGUAUACCGAUAUCGUGCUAAUCAACAAUACCGUCCCUGAACCAAGUUCUGAUGGGAAAAAGUACGGCACGGUAAACAGCUUAGUUAGUUCUCUAACUAAGACAACACAUGCGACCUUCCGUAACGUAAAGUGUUCCCAAAGCCGUUUUUUGCGAUGUAUCAAAAUUCAGUCUGAUGAGUCGCAAGUGGAAAUUCAAAAUUCGACGUUCGUAGAACUACAAAUUCCAAACAAGCGCGGGGGAGCGAUUUUCUUUAACUCAAGAGUAAAUGGUUCCCUAAUUCUUUACAACAGCACGUUUCACCGGAAUACAGCUAAAGGCGGCGGGGCUCUGUUUGCACACAGUCAAGAUGGAACCCUCCAGUUAGAAAUCACCAAUUGUAGCUUUACGGAAUGUGCUGCAGAAACUUUUGGAUGUGCAAUACUUGUUGGAGAUCAAACAAACAGAGCAGGCUGUUUUAACCUGAUUGCGAACUUUAGAAAUAUCAGAGUGCAUGAUUCUUAUGGCUACCAAAACAGAUGCGACAGUGUUAGCCUCAUGUUAAUUAAUGGAAAAGUGAUGAUUGAUGAUUCUUCUUUGAGAAACAACAGUAGGUCCACGGCUGGUACCCUGGCAGUUAUGAACACAGGUGGUAAUACUGAUUUAAUUAUUUCUGGAUGCACAUUUUCCCAUAACGCUGUUAAUGCGAAGGAAAUCACUGUUAUGGCGCAUAAAAGUGAAGCAGGCAACGUUACGAUUGCAAAUUGUGAUAUGAUUAGCCAAGAAACUGGCAAAAGUCGGGCGGUGUACAUAACUUCAAACUUUAGGACCAGACUGUUUGACGUUGUAGUAAGGUCGUACUUCUACGCGCUGUAUAUCAGUGGUUCGGAUUAUUAUAUACUUAACACCUCAUCCGAUGCUUAUCCCUUUUACUUGUCAAUUUUCAAUUGCACCUUCCAGGAUAAUGUCAGGGCCAUUAAUGCAAGUUCACCCGACCCUACUCAGGUGGAAUUAACAAUUGAGAAUACUAUUUUCAUCACCAAAGAGUCUACCUCGGACUCAUUUGGACUUCACUUCUUCAUACUACCUUUGAAAAAGAUCCACAACUCAAAAGUCAUGGUCGAAAUAGACAAUGUUACAUUUACCUCUUCGCCGUGCAACCUCUUGGCUUUUCUAUUUAAAGGCAACAAACACAUUCGCAUCAGAAAGUCUCAAUUUACUAACUGCUUUUGUACGAAUAUAUGGGUUUGGUAUAACCUAAGAACUGAUUACAGUGUGUACCAAUUUUCUACUGGAGCCAUUUCAGUUUUCUCAGUUUAUGAUAGCAUGUCAAGCCCAGGAUGUGUUAAAGAUAAGAACCACAACGAUACUCAUCCUACUUGGAGUUAUCUGACUCAUGUUGAAUUCGCAGAUACGUUAUUCGAGGGUAAUGGAGGGCUUGAUGCUGGUGGAGUACAUUUGUGCAAUGGUCACACAACCUUUAAAAGAUGUUUUUUCAAGAAUAACUUUGGAAUCGAACAAUCUGGUCAUGUUUAUCUAGACUAUGGAACUGGAAAAGCAGAUUUUAUCGACUGUAUAUUCAACUCGACAGCAAAAAAGGUGACAUCGAAUGUGACGACUUUUCGAAGGUCAGCCUUCGUGCUGUCGGACAGUAAUGGACUCAUUAGACUUCGAAACACAACCUUGUCCUCUUUCAAUCCAGAAAGUACUCUGUAUCCUGUGUUUUACAUCUCCAGCGGGAGUUACGUCUACAUGGAUGAUAAUUCAGCCAUACAAUGCCCUAUUGGCAGCAAGCUUCUGUUUGAUAAUGCCACGCACUUUGUUUACACUGAAUACAAUAAAAGCUUUUGCAGGAUAAAUGUUACGGUCCUGAAGUACUCUUGUCUGCGCUGCUCUCUAGAGUAUUACAGCAUAAUACGUGGAACUUCUCGUGGUUUAUUGUUAAACAACGCAGUAAAGUGUCUUCCAUGCCCGUUCGGGGCAAGUUGUGUCGAAAGAAAUAUAGUGGCCAAACCUAACUUUUGGGGUCAUCUAAAUAGAUCAUCAGUCCCACCAUCACUGACGUUCUUUGCCUGUCCAGAACAUUAUUGCCGAAAACCAGGCCCAAACACAAAUGGUUACAACAGUUGCUCAGAGAACAGAACAGGAAUUCUUUGUGGUGAAUGCAUUCCAGGAUACAGUGCAACUCUGUUCUCAACACAAUGUCGUAAGGAUGAAGAAUGUGACAACUAUUUGUUCUGGGUAUUGACUGUCUUGUUAACGAUGGUUCUUUCGUUAUAGCUGUUAAGAAAACCACCAACUUUAAGUUUUCUUCUCUAUAGGAUAAUUUGGUUUAGAAAGAAGGAAAGCAACCGGGAAGACAGCACGGUUCAUGAAGUUGACCACCACAGGGAUAACGCCUACAUAAAAAUAACUUUUUAUUUCUACCAAGCUGCUGAACUGUUGAUGGUCAAUUCAAAAGAAAACCUUCUGCAAAAGGUGCCAUGUAUCGCUGCAGUUAUCGCCGCGUUUAACUUUAAGCUACGUACCCUUAAUGAAGGGCUCGGUUGUCCUUUCCCUGGGCUAACAUCGGUGACAAAGCAAUUGGCUCUUUCUGGCACUGUUCUCUUGACAAUGGCUGACAUCGCACUCAUUUAUUUCUUCCACUGUGUUAUCAACAUGAUAAGGUGCAACAAGAGGCCAUUCAUCUUCCAUUACAUGGCCGUCAUCAUGGAAGUGUUGCUGUUAGGUUACGAAAGGCUGGCAGAAACGUGCCUCAAAUUGAUAACCUGUGUCUCAAUCGGAUCUGAAAGACGGCUUUUUAUUGAUGGAAAUGUGACGUGCAUGCAAUGGUGGCAGUAUCUUGUUCUAGCCUAUAUUGCAGUGUUUAUUGUCCCUUUCAUUGUCGUUGUUUACCUCGGAUCAUCCAAGCUGCACAAGGCUUCAAUAACUGCACCUGAAUUUCUUGCUGCAUGCGUGCUUCCAUUGCCGUUUCUUUUCUACUGGUUUCUUAAGAAAAUGAAGAAGCGACCAGGGAAUAUAUCUGUUGGAGUACAAGCUGGUGACAAAGAUGUCUUGGAAGUUCUUCACGGUCCUUUCCGUCCACCUAAGAACGACGAUAAAGGGACACUCUACUGGGAGAGCGUACUGAUUGGCCGAAGAUUCAUUCUCCUUGCUUGUCAUUCGUUUAUAACAAGCCCGAUGCUGCGAAUGAUCGCCAUGGCUACAGUUUGCUCUCUGAUAGCACUCCACCACGUAUCCAAGAAUCCUUUUCGAGAACGAAUGGCCAACAGGGCUGAGACAAUUUCCCUUUCUGCUUUGUUGAUAAUAUCCAUAAUAAAUCUUAGCGAAGCAACCCUGAUAUCAUUUGGUAUCACGAUCACAGGGCCUUACGGACGUUUUCUUGAUGUUAUGGAAUGGUUUGAAGUUGGUGCAUUGGCAGUUGUACCGAUAUCAGUGUCUGUUCUUGUCAUGGGUGCCAUUGUUUCCCAAUUCGUCCGGGCUUUGUUAUUUCUUUUUGGGCAAGCUGGCAGGCUUUGUUGUCGGUAUGACAGCGCUCUUUUUUCCAGGAACGAACAGAGAAUAUCACUAUUGAGUACUGCUGAGUGAGAACUUGAAAGGCCUAUUUUGUUUGAUAAUUUUCAUCACACACUUUUGGAGAAAUGAUUGUUAAGGAUACAAGUUUUAAGGUAAUUUCUUUCCAACUUUUAUGGCAAUAUUAUUUUUUCCUAUACAAGCACUGAAACGUAGAAUUUGAAGGAUCAAAGAAACUCUUUACAGACGUGAGACAUCACAUUUAGUGUAAAAGAAAGAUUGGGUCUUAGCGAAGAAACAUGUGCCUUUAGCUUAAAAAUAUUAGCAGAGAAUAAUGCUUUCAAAUAGGCUGCUGAUGCAGAUGUAAAUGUGUCCGGUUUUGGAGUUCUACUGAAACUUUUAGUUUAGUUCGAACAUAAAGAAACACUUUAUUAUUAUUAUAGCUAUAAUGUAAGUGAAGCAGUACGAUUGU